AUGGCUAGCCCUAAUGUACUUACCUUCAAUGCUGAGGGUCGAGCAGUCGAUUUUGAGGUCUGGGUCAAUGAUCUACAGCUUUUUCUGCAGUGCGACUCUAGGGACGGAGUCUCACUGUUUGAUCACACGCCCGGCGUCUCUGUUGCACCUGCUGCCGAUGUUGGCAGUACAGUUCGCUCGCAGUGGACCACGCAUGAUGCUGCUGCUCGUCUUGCUGUUCGUAGUCACCUGCCCUCUGCUGAGCGCGCGCACUUUGGCCAGUACAAGACUGCUAAGACUCUGUAUGUCGCUCUUAUUGCGCGCUACUCCUCCCCUGCCACUGCUGCUCUCAGCCGCCUCAUGCUGCCGUACCUGUUCCCUGACCUCGCCGCUUUUGCCACACUCCCUCACUCCCUUCGCCAAGUCAGCGACCACUUCCUCUCCCUUUGCCCCACCACGCUCACUGUUGACCUCCUCGAGGAGCGCCUCUUUGCAGCUGAGAAGAGUAUAGUCACUGUAGGAGCCUCUCGUGGUGGCCCUCGUGCCCCUUUCUUUAAGGGGUGCUCCCCUAUUCCCCUCUUGCCCUUUGUUGUAUCUACUGCUGCUGUCGACCUCGUUGGCACUAAGUUGCGCAGUGGGGAGACGUGCGGACUGCCGCACGCUACGCACCGCUGCUUCGGCCGCCUGAUAGACGCUUGGCGUGCACAGUUUCCUGACGCCACUGAGAUCCCUCGCUGGGGUGAUUUGUUUAGGUCGGGGGUUGCUAUCUUUGAUCUUGAUUAUGAUGCUAUCCUUGCUGCUAUGUAUGCUGUGACUAUUAGUGUUGAGGGUGACUGUUACCUGUGUGUUCCGCCCGACCCGGGCAUUGAGGUUGCUGCUCUAGGUGCUACUGAGUUUGCUACUCCAGGUGCUGGUGAGGCUGCUCUCUCAAGUACCGCUUCUGCUGUGUACGGUGGUCCUGUCAAGCUCCCUGUCCGGUUUCCACCUCCCCUCGUUCUCCACGAACUUGGUGAGUGGAGCUGA